UCAGAAGGAAAUCUUGCAUGGGCCUCCUCUCUACUGACACAGUAUUCAGAUUUUCAAGUUUUUGUUUUUCCCCUACUCCUUUUUCUCUUCUAUUAGUAGGUGGACAAAUCUGAUCAGUUUUACUUUUAUGCUUUGAUGGGGUUGGUAUAAGAACCUAAUAGUGCUAGAAAUCUACUCCUGUUUUACUACUCCUUUUGAAUUUUUCUUGCUAUUAUCCGUAUUCCUGAUGCCUUGCAAAGUCACUCUCUGCAGUCACCUAAUUCUCAUGUUCUCAUAUUCUCCACAUAGAACCAUUCGUCAGUGAUCCCUGGUGCAAAAUACUGAAAAAGGGUCCUUGCAGCAAACAGAAAAGUUUGGUGAGCAGGGAGGGGGAGCAGUCUCUCCAUCUGUGCACUCUGCAGUAGGAAGAGAGAAAAGAAUGGAGGUGAAUGAGGGGAGAUGAACGCUUUCCUGUAGACUACCUGAAAAGACGGUGAUUUCUAGGUGGAAGUUGGCAAUGUACAUCUGGGCCAAGUCUUAUCUAGCCAAAUCCUAGAAGUUGGGUUUUUAUGACGUUGUAAGUAAUGCAGUUUGAAGAAGUCUGCCCACAGUAAGUGGUGGUUGGGACUGGGUCAGUAUCAAAGAAGUGUGUUAUUGUGCUGACUUUUUACUUUAAGUCUGUUUGGUAUCUCAGCUCUUGAUGCAAAAUCUGGGAAACUGGAGGACCUUUCUUACUUUAAUAAGAGAACUAAGCUUGUAAAGUUUGCUGAAGGUUUGACACAUUGUUCCAGUUACCUAUUUGGUAAGUAUUUUUGUAUUGCUAGAAAUGUAUGGAUUCUUUUUACCAGCUGAAAUAUUUGCAGAGGAUACUUCAUCAUUAAAAAACAGCAUUAUCGUGGAUCCAUUCUCAGCCUCAUCAAAUUGCAGUAGCACAACAUCUGAAAAACAUAACUUGAUUCAAAACAACCUUGAAUCACCGAUGCGACUUUGAGGGGAGGCACCAGCAACAUAAGAUGAUUGCAGUACAGUUUUCACUCCAUGGAAGGUGUGCUCAGUGUUUUGCAGUGCCAUGCAUGUUCUGAUACAUGGCAUACACCUGCACUGGCUCAAUCAGCGGAAAAUCGACCAAAACAUGCAGAUGCUGAGAGAAAUGCUUGAAGAAGUUGAAGAAAUAGAGGUCACCUGAUGUGAAGCUUCUAGAUAUCAUUUGCUGGCUUCAGAGUGGGUGGAUUCAGCUUCCUUCUGGAUCCUGAGCAAGUCACCUGUGAGAGAUCUUGUUUUCUGCUGGGUGUACAGACAGCAUGGAAGGGGAGAGCAUCUAUGAGGUUGAUUCUGAAGAUGGACCUGGAGCUGAUAUUAUUUCUACAGUUGAGUUCAACCACACUGGAGAACUGCUGGCUACUGGUGACAAGGGGGGUCGGGUUGUUAUAUUCCAAAGGGAACCUGAGAGUAAAAAUGAGCCUUACAGUCAGGGGGAGUACAAUGUUUACAGCACUUUCCAGAGCCAUGAACCUGAAUUUGAUUAUUUGAAGAGCUUGGAGAUAGAAGAAAAAAUAAACAAGAUCAAGUGGUUACCACAGCAAAAUGCAGCUCACUCACUUUUAUCAACAAAUGAUAAAACAAUCAAGUUAUGGAAAAUUACUGAAAGAGAUAAGAGACCAGAGGGGUACAACUUAAAGGAUGAAGAAGGAAAGCUGAAAGAUCUUUCUACAGUAACGUCACUACAGGUGCCUGUAUUGAAACCUAUGGAUUUGAUGGUAGAAGUCACUCCCCGGAGAAUCUUUGCUAAUGGUCACACCUAUCAUGUCAACUCAAUAUCUGUCAACAGUGACUGUGAGACGUACAUGUCAGCGGAUGAUCUCAGGAUUAAUCUCUGGCACUUAGCAAUCACAGAUAGAAGCUUCAACAUUGUAGAUAUAAAGCCAGCCAAUAUGGAGGACCUGACAGAAGUAAUUACAGCCUCUGAGUUUCAUCCCCAUCACUGCAAUCUCUUUGUCUACAGCAGCAGCAAAGGCUCCCUGAGACUCUGUGACAUGAGAGCAUCAGCCCUCUGUGACAAACAUUCCAAGCUUUAUGAAGAACCAGAAGACCCCAGUAAUAGAUCAUUUUUUUCAGAAAUUAUCUCUUCAGUGUCAGAUGUCAAAUUCAGUCACAGCGGUAGAUACAUGCUAACAAGAGAUUACCUCACUGUCAAGGUUUGGGAUCUGAACAUGGAAACAAAGCCUGUAGAAACGUACCAGGUCCACGAUUACCUUAGGAGCAAGUUGUGUUCCCUCUAUGAAAACGACUGCAUCUUUGACAAGUUUGAAUGUGCGUGGAAUGGAUCAGACAGUGUCAUCAUGACAGGUGCAUAUAACAACUUCUUUCGAAUGUUUGACCGUAACACCAAGCGGGAUGUGACCUUGGAGGCAUCCCGCGAGAGCAGCAAACCCCGCGCUAUUCUCAAGCCCCGGAGAGUCUGCGUUGGUGGCAAACGGAGGAAAGAUGACAUCAGUGUCGACAGUUUGGACUUUACUAAGAAGAUCUUGCACACAGCGUGGCACCCGACCGAGAACAUCAUUGCUAUAGCAGCGACAAACAAUCUCUACAUAUUUCAGGAUAAAGUGAACUCAGAAAUGCACUAGGUUUAUCAAUACCCCUCUGUAUCUACAAACCAGCCUCUUGAGAGUUGUAAAAGGAUGUGAUCUUCUCCAAAAAUUAGGGCUUCUGUGGUGGGAUUUGUAGGUUGCAUCCUUUCAUCCCUCAGCCUGUAUCAUUACUGGUGGCAAGCCAACUAUUCUCAUCACUGCAACUGUAUGAGUAAAAGGCACGACUGCAAAUCCAGCCCCGUGGUCUGUGUCGGUUCCUUAAUCCCACAGGGGCACUUACACAGCUGGGGAGUGUUCUGAGGAGGUCUGGGACUCCUCACCUCCUGUCAGUGCUUUGAGGGUCUCAGUGGUUCACAGGACCACGUCGUUCUGGUGCACUGCCUGCUUCUGCGGCCCACACUUACCACACUGUUAGAGCUUCUGCUUUAAUCUUUUGAUCAGUAUUUCUUUUUCAGUAACAUUUUUCCAUCUUUCAACUAAGCUGAGCCUGUGCGCGAACGAAUGAGUAGCCGCAUCCCUUUGGACCACGUGGCACCUUGGAAGGGCCUCCCAAAUUCCUGCUGCUGAGAAGCUGCCCUGUGUCACCUGUCCCAUUCCCUUCUUUACACUCUUGUAUUAUGUAUUCACGUUACUAACAUUGUGCUUUGACUUCCUGAGUGAAUAAGCAGCUGGCUGCUGGAGUUACUCAGCCAACUUGUUUCAGGAAGUUCGUUCUUCCUCAAUCUCUUUGCUCUGUUUAAUAUUUAGCAGCUUUCCCCCUAACUUGGCAUUGCCGCUGCUCGGGGACCGGCUGCUCAAACACAGCCCAGCAGAGUUAAUCCAUAAGCCUACACUGUCGCCUGGCGGGGGGAGUUCUGGAAGCCUUGGCUAACAGUGCUGUCCUUGGAGGCAAAUCCUGACUUCAGUGGAAGUAAAGUCACAGCUCUGCUGGCCACUCCAGGAAAUCCCAUGUUUGCUCAGUGCAGAAUGGUUAUUCUUGUCCUGGCAUAUGGGGAAUACAAACAACGCCGUGAUAGCUGUAGCUAUAAGAAGAAUGGUGCUGUGAGAGGUGGCUUUGCUCAGUGAACUGUGAGGUGUCAGUGAGCCCAGUGCUGGGUGAUGUGGGUAUUCCUGGAGAAAGAGGAAAACACAAAGUCCAAACCAAACCUUCUUCCACAUAAACACAUCACUGUGAGAUCUAUAGCUCUUACAGAUCUGUCUUUGCUUUCAAAUGAAUAGGAUGAAAGUACAUGGAAUUAUGUGCUCCAUUUGGGAAGUCCAUGGGAACAGUGUAGUGCUAGGAGAACUUCAAGCACAAGAAAGUUCUGUCUGCCUCCCUAACAGCUCUGGAAGAAAAACUGAUAUCCCAAAGGAUUUCUUCGCAAAUCACAAACACGAGAGCACAGCUGAGAUGAUGGCGUUAAUGAGCCCAUAUUAAAACUCCUCAGAAAAAAAAACAACAACAAAACAAAACCAUUUCUUUAAGCCGUUAUGCACUGAUGUCUUUGGUAAGUGGAGAACAGACUGAUAAAGGGAUCUGCAUGCUUUCCUGUUUUGUUUUGGAGGAAAGGAUGGGUGAAAAGCUACUUUAAAGACCUGAAAAAGCCUGUGGCUCUUUUAUAAGACAUCUUAACACAACACGCCAAACCUGUCUGAAGUUUUCUACAUCAGUGCUGUACAUUUUGUGUGUGGAAGCACAAACGCACGCGCAUUGGUUUCCAGCCAUACUGAACACAUCCGGUACGAAUCGCGUAGGUGAAUUUAAAGGGAAUGAGGAACGUUUGUUUGUUAGAUGCUGUGUGCUCCAGCAGGCACGGGCAGGAUGUGUACAUAUUUAUUCUAACGAGAUUCAACAAAACCACUUUUUUUCCUUGUAAAGAGGUUUAAGGAUGUGGUAAGUCGUAUAGAAAAGUUGCUCAUGCCAAACUGCUGCUUAAGGGCGUCAUUGGAUUUCUUUGACUUCUGGCCUCCUCAUUAACCUUUGCAAACCUUUGCAGCUCAAAAAAAAAUUGCUCUGAGCUCAUAUUGGCAUUUACAGGUAGAAGUUCUGUAAGACAUGUAUUUAGCCUUCACCGUGCUCAAGUAAGAGACUAUAGAUAACUUACUAUAAAGCAGCUCUUAAUACAACUCCUUUCUUUUUUCUUUCCUUUUUAAUUUGAAGUACCUUACCCUGUUACAGCUCUGGGUACCAAAAAGAUCAUGUUAAAAUUAAAGAAAUAAAUAUAUCUUCGGAGCUUUAUAAAACUAAUGAAACACCCAACCAAAAUAACACAGAGUGGUUACAGAGGAAGUAAAUAGAAAUCUCUCAAAGACCAGUAUUCAUUCACAUCUUUGACUUUGCUACUACAGUUGUUUCCUGGUCUUCUUGAAUGUACGGAAAGUUAACAUCGUCAUUGUGAACGUUUCCAACUUUCUUUCUCUUUUUAGUUUGAGCUUUCAGUGGUGUAGAGUAAAUGAUGGUAAAGUCGGUAAAUCUGAUUGUUUUGAAAGCUGUUGUUCAUGGCUGCAUUCUUUGUGUUGCACAAAUUAGCUAACUGUUGUUGAAUAAAAAUAUAAAUAUGUUAAUACCAGCUUUUUCAAUAAAAUACAACCAAAA